AUGAAGCAUCUAAGAGCCAUAUCAAGUGCUAGCGAUGCUGCUCUAGCUUACCGCAUUACAUCGCGUAGCUCGCGUCCAUUUUCAACAGCUCUGACCAGAAGAGGCACAUCGCAUCCCUGCUCCACAGCAUUCACGCGCAACCCGACUCCGCGACAGCUAGGUCUUCCAAAAAGGCUUCAAAUACCAGUCCGCCAUGCAUCGACAUCUGCCCCCUCUGUUCCACUCCGCAAAACACCCCUCUACGACCUCCAUGUUGAGCACGGCGCGAAGAUGGUGCCCUUUGGUGGCUUCCAUAUGCCCGUACAGUACUCUGCGCAAAGCGUCAGCGCUUCACACCACUUCACCCGCAGCCAUGCGUCUCUAUUCGACGUCAGCCAUAUGGUACAGCACCGCUUUAGCGGCCCAGGAGCUACCGCCUUCCUGGAGAAGAUUACCCCUGCUUCGAUUACGGAAUUGGAAACACACAGGAGCGGAUUGAGCACGUUGCUGUGGCCUACUACUGGAGGGAUUGUCGACGAUACCAUAAUCACAAGAUUGGGGCCGGAGCUUUUCUACGUGGUUACAAAUGCGGGGUGCCGGGAGAAGGAUCUCAAGUACUUCACUGAGCAGUUGGAGGAAUUCAAGAAAGCCGGAGGGGAGAAGGUUGACUGGGAAGUCUUAGAGGAUUGGGGAUUGGUUGCACUGCAAGGACCGUUGAGUGAGGAAAUCUUGAACUCUGUGCUCGUGGAACCUGAGGAGGCAAAUUUGAAGGAGAUGUAUUUCGGGCAGAGCAAGUUUCUGAAGGUCAAAUUGCUGGGAAUGGAUCUCUCAAGUCCGUUGUUGGUUAGUAGAGGAGGAUACACCGGAGAAGAUGGCUUCGAGAUCUCGAUUCCCGGGGAUCAGGCAGUUGCUGUCACAGAAGCUCUCUUGCAGACUGCAACACCCGAACGCCUUCAGCUUGCCGGUUUGGGCGCUAGAGACAGCUUGAGGUUGGAGGCAGGAAUGUGCCUUUACGGACAUGAUCUGGACGAUACCACCACACCGGUUGAAGCAGCUCUCAGCUGGGUCAUUGGCAAGAGUCGGAGAACUGGUGGAGGAUUCCACGGCGCCGAGACUAUCUUAAGACAGCUCACGCCAAAGUCGAAGGGCGGCAGCGGCGUUGACAGACGCAGAGUUGGAUUGAUCGUGGAGGGGGCUCCUGCCAGAGAAGGCGCUGUGAUUGUUGACGAGAAGGGCGAGAAAAUUGGAAACAUCACAAGUGGAUGCCCAAGCCCGACCCUAUCAAAGAACAUUGCAAUGGGAUACAUCAAGGAUGGCUUCCACAAGGCUGGCACAAAUGUUGAGGUCGUUGUCAGGGGCAAGAACCGUAAGGCUCAAGUUACAAAGAUGCCAUUUGUCCCCAGUAAAUACUGGAAAGCUGCAUGA